GUUUAACUUGACUGCUUUUUCUGUGACGAUGUUUGUUUAUGCACGGAAAAUGAUACUUAGUGCAUGUACCUCACAAAACAGUGCAACUGAUUGUUGCACCGAGGAAUCACUUAAUGUCUUUUUAUAGUGUAGUGCAUACUCACGGGUUCACAAUCGAUUGCUUUUGAUGAUUAAAUUACUAACUGGACCAUUAGUCUUAAAUCACGAUUGUGCGAGUUGUUUGAACUGUCGCUCCUCCUGGUUCUAUGUUCGCGGGUUUCUCUGAACAAGUUUACUUUUUGCAGCUUUUUUCACAUUUUAUCAUGUUCCUCCGUCAUAAGUCUCUGCCUUCACUGGGACUUGCAUCUUGCGUCACUCGCAACCGACCUGUUUGUGUGGCUCCGUGCUGCUGGAUUAGGACAAACACCAGGGCGCUUGAAGAGAAAUGGAUUUCCAUAAUUCGACAGUACGAUAAAAUGAAAGCGGAAGUAAUUCAAGCUUCCAACGAUUAUCCUUAACCUUGAGGAAUGGGACAAACAUGUGGGAAGACGGUCGUAUAUUUUGGCCAUGUUUCCUUAUCCAUCAGGAAGUCUUCAUCUUGGUCACUUACGUGUCUACUGCACUGCGGAUGUUCUUUGUCGAUACCAAUCGAUGACUGGUCGGAUCACAUUGCAGCCGAUGGGAUGGGACGCUUUCGGGCUUCCUGCUGAGAAUGCUGCUAUUGACCACGGCGUGUUGCCAGCUAGUUGGACAAAACAGAAUAUUGAUUGCAUGCGUCAACAGUUCGAUUCUACAAUGCUUCUCGCUUUGGAUAAAUCCCGUGAACUGAGUACAUGCGAUCCCAGUUAUUAUCGUUGGACACAAUGGCUUUUUCUACAGCUGUACAAAGCAGGAUUAGCGUACCACCGCUCUGCUUUCGUUAACUGGGAUCCUGUAGACCAAACAGUCCUGGCCGAUGAACUCAUCGACACACAAGGAAAAUCCUGGCGAUCUGGUGCCGUUGUAGAGCGUCGUCCUUUACGGCAGUGGUAUUUCCGCACCACACUAUACUCAAAGGUAUCUGUUUUGUAGCCUGAACGUUCCUUCAUAUACAUAUACAUCGAAGCCUUUACGAA